AUGAGUUCGUUUGAAUCGGAUUCGGCCAGCGACGCCGAGUCGGCGUUCUCCGAUGCGUCUCUGGACUUCACUCCUUCAUCUUCUGUGAAAUCAAAAGGAAAAGUUCCACUUAGAGACUCAACUAAUACCACCGCUCAACCAUCCGCUCCAGCCACUGGCGAUGCCUCUGAUCAAUACCAAAAGCUUUCACAAUUAGAACAUAUCUUGAAGCGUCCCGACACGUAUAUCGGGUCUGUGGAGAAAACUGGGGUCGAAAUGUGGAGUUUUGAUGCCGCAACAGAGUCGAUGAUCUACAAAGAGGUCCACAUAGUUCCUGGUCUCUAUAAGAUUUUUGACGAGAUUCUUGUCAAUGCUGCUGAUAACAAGAUCAGAGACCCCUCAAUGAGGAACAUCAAGGUCAAUAUUGACGCGGAAAACAAUACCAUCCUGGUGAUGAAUGAUGGUAAGGGUAUCCCCAUCGAAAUCCACAAGAAGGAAAAGAUAUACAUUCCCGAGUUGAUUUUUGGAAAUUUGUUGACAUCCUCCAAUUAUGACGACGACGAAAAGAAAGUUACGGGUGGUCGUAACGGAUACGGUGCUAAACUAUGCAAUAUCUUCUCCACCGAGUUCGUACUUGAAACCGCAGAUUUGAAUACCAGCCAGGUCUACAAACAAACCUGGACAAAUAAUAUGGCAAACUUGACAAAACCCAAAAUCACAAAGCUCAAGUCCAAGAAGGAAUACACGAAAGUCACCUUCAAACCAGACCUUUCCAAGUUCCAUAUGGAAAUGUUGGACGACGACAUCUUAUCUGUUCUCCGCCGGAGAGUGUACGACUUGUGUGGUACCGUCAAAGAUUGCAACAUUUACCUUAACGAUAAGAAGUUGUCAAUUCGCAACUUCAAGUCGUAUGUCGAGAUGUACGUCAAUGCCAUCAGGGAACGUAGCCCCGACCCUGUUGCUCCAGAAGGUGAAACGAGAAACUACUCGACAAUCGUCCAUGAGGUAUUCAAUGACCGCUGGGAAGUCGCAUUUGCCGUGAGUGAUGGCUCUUUCAAUCAAGUCAGUUUUGUUAACUCCAUCGCAACCACAUCGGGAGGAACCCACGUAAAAUACGUCUCUGACCAGAUUAUAACGAAGCUUAUUGAUGCCCUCACCAAGAAAGAAAAGGGCAAGAAAAAGCUCAACAUCAAACCGCAAGAAGUCAGAAAUAACAUGUUCGUCUUCAUCAAUUGCUUGAUCGAAAACCCUGCAUUCACCUCACAAACUAAGGAACAGCUUACCACUCGUGUGGCUCAAUUCGGAGGUAAGCCUCUGGAGAAAAUUGUCAUCUCCGACCAAUUCAUUGCUAAAAUUUUGAAAACUAGUAUUGCUGACAAAAUCAGAACCAUCGUUAAUGCUAAUGAAGACAAGGAAAUGCUGAAAGCCGAUGGCUCCAGAAAAUCGAGAAUAAAGAACCAGGUAAAGUUGGUUGAUGCUAAUAAGGCGGGUACCAAAGAAGGCUACAAGUGCACGUUGAUUUUGACUGAAGGAGAUUCGGCCAUGCCAUUGGCGGUUGCUGGUUUGACGGUCGUUGGCCGUGAUUACUACGGCUGUUUCCCCUUGCGUGGUAAGCUUUUGAACGUACGAGAAGCCUCCAUAGAACAGGUUUCGAAAAAUGCAGAAAUAAACUCCAUAAAGCAAAUUAUGGGUUUACAGCAUAAAAAGCGGUAUACGCCCGAAAACAUCAAGAGUCUCCGCUAUGGUCAUAUCAUGAUUAUGACCGAUCAGGAUCAAGAUGGUUCACACAUCAAGGGAUUGAUUAUCAAUUUUUUGGAAACAAGUUUUCCUGGGCUACUCGAAAUUCCUGGCUUUUUACUAGAGUUCAUCACACCAAUUGUGAAAGUCACCAUAACUGGCCGAGGAAACCACCGUGUUAUUCCAUUUUACAACAUGCCCGAAUUUGAAAAAUGGCGAGAAACUGAGGGAACCACUUGCAAGUGGAAGCAUAAAUACUUUAAGGGUCUAGGAACUUCUUUGGAGUCCGAAGGUCGAGAGUAUUUCGCAGCUUUGGAUCGACACAUGAAAUCGUUUCAUGCUCUACAGGAUGGCGAUAGCCAGUACAUCGAUAUGGCGUUUUCAAAGAAAAAAGCCGAUGAAAGAAAGGACUGGCUUCAGGCGUUCAGACCUGGUACUCACUUAGAUCCACAAAUCAGGGAGAUUCCUAUUAGUGAGUUUAUCAAUAAGGAGUUAAUUCUAUUCUCAAUGGCUGAUAACGUUAGAUCAAUUCCAUCGAUUCUCGAUGGAUUUAAGCCCGGGCAACGAAAGGUGUUGUAUGGUUGUUUCAAGAGAAACUUGCGGUCUGAAAUCAAAGUGGCACAAUUGGUAGGUUAUAUUUCUGAACACACAGGUUAUCACCAUGGAGAAGGGUCGCUUGCCCAAACUAUUGUUGGACUUGCUCAGAAUUUUGUUGGUGCCAAUAAUUUGAACUUGUUGCAGCCAAUAGGUUUAUUCGGUAGUAGAGCUGCAGGUGGUAAAGAUUUCUCGGCUGUUAGGUAUAUUCAUACCAACAUUACUGAUCUCACGAGAGUCAUCUUCAAUCCCUUGGAUGAUGAUUUGUACACCUAUGUUCAGGAUGAUGCACAAACUGUUGAACCUGAAGCCUAUCUUCCAAUCAUUCCAAUGCUUCUUGUGAAUGGUGCUGAAGGUAUUGGGACCGGUUGGUCAACCAAUAUUCCAAGUUUCAACCCAGUUGACAUUGUUGCAAAUAUUAGAAGAAUGAUGAACGGUGAAGAACCUGUUGACAUGACUCCAUGGUUCAAAGGUUGGGAAGGUGACCUUGAACGCAUCUCGCCUGAGAAAUAUAAGGUCCUGGGUAAGAUUGAGCAAGUUGACGAUGAUACAGUAGAGAUCACCGAGAUUCCAAUCAAGACAUGGACUAACAGUGUCAAGGAAUUUUUGCUUGCAGGAUUGGGAAAUGACAAACCAUGGAUUAAAGAUAUGGAAGAACAGCAUGGUAUCAAUAUUCGCUUCGUGGUACGCCUUCUGAAGGAAGAGAUGGAUAAAUCUUUAAGAAUGGGGCUCCUCGAACGGUUCAAGCUCAUUUCCUCGAUUAGUUUGUCAAAUAUGGUGGCUUUCGAUCCUCAAGGCAGAAUCAAGAAGUACUCAUCAGCUAACGAGAUUUUGAAGGAUUACUAUUGGGCAAGGCUUGAGCUUUAUCAGCGUCGGAAAGACAUGAUGGCUGAGAAUUUCCAGAAUCAGCUCACCAGAUUGAGUGAACAGGCACGGUUCAUUAAAUUGAUCAUCGAGAAGAAGCUAACUAUUGCUAACAAGAAACGUCUGGAAAUGGUAGAUGACUUGAAGAAGUUGAAAUUUACCAGAUUUAACAAGAAUGGUAAACCGGUGCACGACGAGCCAUUGGUUGAAGCCGAGGAAUUGGCGGAAGAGGAAGAAGAGGCUGCGGGAGAUAUCAGUCAAUUGAAUCUUGGUUUGGUGGCUCCAGAAGAUGAGUCACAAUACAAGCCGGAAACAACGUACUCGCAGUAUGAUUACUUGCUUGGAAUGGCUAUUUGGUCGUUAACAAGAGAAAGAUACGAGAAGCUUUUAAGACAACGAGAUGAGAAGCAGGAGGAAUUGAAUGAGUUGUUGAAAAAGUCUGCCAAAGAUUUGUGGAACAGUGAUCUCGAUGACUUUCUUGUUGGAUGGGAAGAGUUCUUGCGUGCAGACAUCGAGGCUAGAAACAGUUUUGGGCCCACGGCGAAAACUUCGACUCGGAAAAGAGCUAGAAAGUCAACAAAGUCGGAACCGGCGCAGAAGAAGACAAAGAGUUCUACACCAAAAGCUUCCACUCCAACCAUUAAAGCCGAGGCAACGCCUGCUCAACCUGUUGUCAAAGAAGAGACCAACAAGCAGCCAGACCUUCUCAGCUUCUUUUCGAAAGAACCAAGCGUUGCCAAGACUGUUUCAGCCGCACCACCUAAGCGAAAGACCCCCAAGUCAAAACCCAAAAAGGAGAUUGUUUCUUUGUUCAGUGACAGCAGUGAUGAUGAUAUCACGCUGUUUUCCGUCGGAGAUGCUAAGCCGACACCCAAGCCUUCGACCAAUAACAUCUUAGACGAGCUAGAAGACCUCAAGUCGUCGACUUUCACUCCGAAGGUAGGUGCGGCUGGAAGACGUCGUCCCAAGUCGUAUGCGUUAGCUGAGAGCGACGGAAACGAAAGUGAUGAAGAUUACAUGCUGGAAUAA